AAUAGCAAAAAUAUAUAUAAAGGUAAUGUCUGGAACAUUUGCCCUCCUACACCCGCCGGCAUCUCCUCUUCCUCCGUUCCUCUCCUUCAGUCGAAUCUCUCAUUUCCACUCUCCUCCGCCGCUCUCCACCGCCGAUUUUUGGAGGCUGACAUCUAGAAGAUCUGUUCCGAUAUCUAAGACUUCAAUAUCAACAAUGACAAAUGAUGAAGAAAAUGCAGGCACUGUAAAGAAACAGUUAUCUAAAUUAUUUGAGCAAUCACUUAGACUAACCGUCCCUUCUGAGUCAGAUGUGGAGCCUUUGAUUGCUGCUUGCGCUCCAAAGUUUGGGGAUUACCAAUGUAAUAAUGCCAUGGGUCUAUGGUCAAGAAUCAAAAAUAAAAAGGACAAUGGAUUUAAGGGUCCCCCAUCUAUAGGAAAGGUCAUCAUGGAAAAUCUCCCUCCAACUGAAAUGAUUGAAAAAUGCACCCUUGCAGGGCCUGGGUUUGUAAAUAUUAAAUUAUCAACGAGUUGGAUAGCUAAGAACAUUCAAAAAAUGCUAAUUAUUGGCAUUGAAACAUGGGCACCAAGGCUUCUGAUCAAAAGGGCAGUGGUUGACUUUUCCUCACCCAAUAUAGCAAAAGAAAUGCAUGUUGGCCACUUAAGAUCUACUAUUAUUGGAGAUACUUUAGCUCGUAUGCUUGAGUUUUCAAAUGUUGAUGUGCUGCGGCGAAACCAUGUCGGCGAUUGGGGUACACAGUUUGGUAUGCUGAUUGAAUUCCUCUUUGACAAGUUCCCAAACUGGGAACAUGAAAGUGCACAAGCCAUUGGAGAUCUACAGGAAUUCUACAAGGCAUCAAAAAAGAGAUUUGACGAGGAUCCUGCUUUUAAGGGGAGAGCACAACAGGCAGUCGUCCGUCUGCAGGGUGGGGAAACCAGCUAUCGUAGGGCAUGGGCACAAAUCUGUGAAAUAAGUCGAAAUGAAUUCAAUAAAGUUUAUCAACGCCUUGGAGUUCAGUUAGAGGAAAAGGGAGAAAGCUUUUACAAUCCAUAUAUCCCUGGAGUUAUAGAGCAAUUGAGUAAUCAAGGGUUAGUUGUAGAAAGUCAGGGUGCCCGUGUGAUCCACAUUGAAGGGGUGAAUAUACCUCUUAUUGUUGUGAAAAGUGAUGGCGGUUACAACUAUGCUUCAACUGAUAUGGCAGCUCUUUGGUAUCGCCUUAAUGAAGAAAAAGUUGAAUGGAUUAUAUAUGUUACUGAUGUUGGCCAACAACAGCACUUUGAAAUGGUAUUCAGUGCUGCCAAACUUGCAGGUUGGCUUCCAGCCAAUGAUAAUAUGUACCCCAAAGCUAGCCAUGUUGGUUUUGGUCUUGUUCUUGGAGAAGAUGGCAAGCGCUUUCGAACUCGCAAUACUGAAGUAGUUCGAUUAGUUGAUUUACUUGAUGAAGCCAAGAAUCGCAGUAAAUCUGUACUUAUUGAACGUGGUAAGGCUGCCGAAUGGACUGAGCAGGAGCUUGAGCACACAGCAGAGGCAGUUGGUUAUGGGGCUGUUAAAUAUGCGGACUUGAAGAACAACAGAUUGACUAAUUACACAUUUAAUUUUGAUCAGAUGCUUAAUGAUAAAGGAAAUACUGCUGUUUAUUUGUUGUAUGCACAUGCUCGAAUCUGUUCAAUCAUUAGGAAAUCUGGUAAAGACAUUGAUGAGUUAAAAAAGACGGGAGUGCUAUCAUUGGACCAUGAUGAUGAACGUGGAUUGGGCCUUCACUUACUCCAAUUUUCGGAGGUUGUCGAAGAGGCUUGCACCAAUCUCUUGCCAAAUGUUUUGUGUGAAUAUCUUUACAAUUUAUCAGAAAAUUUCACAAAAUUCUAUUCCAACUGUCAGGUUGUUGGAUCAGCAGAGGAAACAAGCAGACUUUUGCUAUGUGAAGCAACAGCUGUGGUCAUGAGGAAGUGCUUCCAUCUCCUCGGCAUCACACCUGUCUACAAAAUAUGACAUGCUUAUUAUAUAAUUUUUGAGCCCAUUAUUAGAAGUUUCAAUGCUUGGCUUGAGUAAUCCACUAAAUUGUAUACACACUGCAGUUAGAGCAAUUUUAGAGGCAAAAGUUUGGCUAACGUCAAAAUAUCAAUGCGAUAUUCAUCAUUUUGUCCAAUCAUUUAUGCUAAAGAUGGUUAAUUUGUAUGGAGCCUGUUUUGUUUUUAAAAGUUAAACCUGGAGCCUACUUUGGAGA